AUGUCGGUGCCGUGCACACAAUUCAACCCUUUCGGGUCACAGGAUAAACCCCUGAAAAUGCUAAAACUAGAAAUGGAAGGAAUUCUUCAGAAGUUUGAAGAAAAGAGCACUCCGAAGGGUGCAGAAUUAGCAGAAGAAACGAAAAAGUUCGCCAAAGUAAUGGAAGGGCUUGCAGACAUAGUGACAAAUGGUCAUGCUCAUAUGAAUGCAAUAACUUUUCAGAUUCAGCCUCUAGUCGGUGAAAUCGCAAUUCCGUUCUCAAAACUGAUUGUAAUCUUCGGAGGAAAAAGUACCGACGACACAAGAUCUCCAGAAUUGGCGAACCUAUUCCGUAGGAUGGCUCGAUUUAUACAGAAAGUUGCUGAUCUCGCGCAAGAGCCUUUCAACUCGGACGUUUUGAAUGUAUGGGGACCCAUUUUUGAAGCUUUCUUAACAUCGAAGCACAACUCGUUCAAAGAAAAUGGAGCCUUACUAUGGAAGAAAACGUUCGGCUCAACUAAAGUUCCACUGCAAUGGCCAAUUGGUUUGAGAGAAACUCUCGAGAAGCUUCCUAAAAGACUCGGAAUCAGUCUCCCACCUGUUGCAAAACGGUCUCAAGGUGUUCCACUUUUGUUCCCGGAUGAUGAUGCUAUGGAUGGUUUGGCGUUUUCUUCCGAAGAAUCCGAUGAUUUCAAACAACCUAAUCAAGUGAAUGACAACGUUCCAGAUAGCCAGAGUUCGUUUCAACUUUCUCAACAGCCUGCUGUAAAUGAGAUGGCUGAUAAGAUUCUCAUAUAUCAUAAUAAGAAGUUGGACCCUCCGAAAGUGCCCUCCAAAACUGCUACACCAACACGGAAACGCACUGGAAGAAUCUCCCUGAUUGAUGAAGAUAGUUGUGACUACGUUCCAAUUACAGCUACACCACCAUCCGGUCGGAGAAGUAAAUUAACGGAUCGACAAAAAGAGACACUCGCUCAAAUGUCAGGCCCGCGAACUUCCAUAAACUACAUGGAUGAGGAAUCUCAGAGUGGUAUUCAGAAGUCGGAAGGAAUGAAAAACGCAUUCAGAGCCCUUAAUUUCGAGAUAGGAGAGGAUAGUGUCAGUGUACCAUCUCCCAAGAAGGUUGAGAAGAACGAUAAAAAGAAGGAAGAGAGACCAAUCAAACGGAGCCUAUUCAGUUCUCCUAUAAAGGCCCUACCCGUUGUUUCAUCCAAUGGUUCCAGUUUUGAUCAAAUAGAUGAGGAACCGGAAGUGAAGGCGACGUCUCCGCAAAGAAAGCGAGUCAAAAUUGAUGAGUCUGAAUCGUCAAUAGGAGACUCUCAACAAAAACGACGAUACAAGAAUACUCCCAGACACUGUGUUCCAGCUGAGUCGCGGAAGAGUUUGAGACAAUCUGCGGAGAAAUUAAGAACAACAACAUCCUCCGAAUCAUCCAACGAUUCUCAAAAUACCAUUAUCAUGUCCAAAUCUGAUGAUACCGAUUUAGAGGAGGUCGCAAAACCGAUCGAGGAGAGCCAGGAAGCUCUUCGAGAACAUAAUUCAGCAGAACCUAAUAAUUCCUUUGCCAUUCUUGCUCCAAUGUAUGAUCUUGAUGUUCCGGAAGCAGUGAAGUCACCACCAAAGACUCCUAGAACUCCGUCGAUUUUGCGAGGCUCCAAAAAAGCUGUCGAUUCUCCAAUGACAGAGAGAAAGAGAAACCGAGUUCAUUUCGGUGAAGACUCAAUUCCAAAAGAUACUGUAUCCUCUUCAAUGACUCCACGUAGAAAACAAACAUUUGAGAGCAAGAGUCCAAACAGACCAAUGACCGCGUCAACAAUCGAAUCAAGAUCCAACAGCUUGCUCGAUAUGUCUUCACGCACUGAUACUUCUGCAUUCUUCCCAUCUCUCGUUGGUUGUCAAGACAAAGUAGACAAGAUCCUCAACAGUCUCGUUACAAUUUUAUCCAAACAAAUGAGAGAUUCUGCGAAGAAAUCACUCUCGAGUUUCGGUGUUACCACUAUCGGAGACUUUGCAUCACUUUCAAAGUCACAGAUUGAGAAGUUGACCUGGAUAAAGGGGAAGGUCAGUGGAGCGAAAAGUACGUUGGCACAAUACGAAAAGACAUGGAAUUCGAAUAAGAAAUCAGGCGAGGAUGAGGUUGAUAUGAGUGGAGCUUCAGCUCCGGUUGUCGAAGAAGAGAAGCUUCAGAAGGUCCCAGAAGCGCCAACUCAACUUGUUUUAGAAGAGCAAUCAUGUGUAGUACAAUCUUCCGAAAAUCAGGAGGAGAAGCUUCAGGAGGUUUCAGAAGUUACAGCUCAAGUUGUUGUAGAAGAAAAAUCAUCUAUAGUACAAACUUCCGCGAAUCAAGAAGAGAAGCUUCAAGAAGUUUCAGAAGUAACUGGUGAAAAAUCUCCAGAGUUCGUGGAACCUGAAAAUGCUCCCACCACCAAUUCACAAGCAAAACAGGGAGUUCAAACGCAGUCGGCGGAUGCUCCAACCGCUUCUCCACCAGUUGAAACGGAGGGUCCGACUCUACAAGAAUCUGUAGAAGUUAUUGAAAAAUCGCUUGAAGCAUCGCAAUCACCAGUUAGUCCAAUGUCUACUGCCACGUCAGCCUCGAAAAGUGAACCAUUGAAGAUAGAAGGAUCAACUGGUGUUUCUCAUAAGAGCUUGGCUCCGAUCUUUAUUGGUAAAGAAAUCAAGAAAGAGUAUGCGAGUCCACAAAAAGCUUUCCAGCGGAAACUUCCAAACGUUGAUGAUUUCUUGGAAGACGCUCGAAUUUUACAUCGUAUCUGUGGAAAUCUCAUUUCUGCUCAUACCAAAAAACAGUGGCCGAUUGAUAAUUCAAAAGUUCUUUCUGAAAUCGUCAGAGCUGCUGGCACGUUUUCAGGUAUUGUUAAAAAACGUGGUGACGAUGAAGAAUGGAGAGAGAUGGAGUACGAAAAUAAUGAAGAAUCAAGAACUGUCGAGGAAGAGGUUGGGCAACUUGUAAAAGUCUAUAAACGAUUCUCGCGUAAUCACACAUCCAAUAUGUCCAAUUCUCUUCCAUGGGGAAAUGUUAUGGAUUGCAUCAAUGAGUCGGCAAUUCUUCUGGAGAAUAUCUACACUGAAAGAACUGACUCUUCUUAA